CAGGCCACAAGGACCGCAACAGGAUGAGCGUCUUCGUGUGUGGCCUCAACCCCCGGGGCAACGCCUACAAGGAUGGGGGAGUCCACGUGGGGGAUGAGGUGCUGGAGGUGAACGGGACGGUUGUGUCGGGCCGCUGUCACCUGAACGCCUCGUCGGUGUUCAAGGCGCUGCCAGGUCCCGACGUGCGCCUCGUCGUCCUGCGCCGCACGCAAGGCGUCCACGACAUGGCGGUCAAGCCCCUGACCCACUUCCCUGUGUCCCUGGAGGACGAGAGACCUGAGGAGAAGUUCGCUCGCUUCAAGGGUCUCGCCAACGUCGUCGUCAAGAAGGGGAGCGCGGGCGUGGGCAUCAUGAUCAUCGAGGGCAAGCACGCCGAGUACGGCGAGGGCAUCUUCAUCUCGGACCUGCAGGAGGCCAGCCCUGCCGCGCAGGCGGGGCUGCAGGUGGGCGACAUGAUCCUGAUGGUGAACAAGCAGGAGUUGGUGGGCGCGGACUACGAGACCGCCACCGCCGUCCUGCGGCGUGCUGAGGGCCUCAUCGACAUGUGGGUGGCUAACGGCGCCCGCUGCCGGGAUGAGCUGCCCGUGAGUGGGGGGACGCCCGCCCCCCCUAGCGCCCCCCGCACCCCCGCCAAGAAGGAGAAGCCAGUUAUAAUGAAGCCGCCGCCCAACCCCGCGACUGCCCCCAUCAAGCCUGGGGAGGAAACAACCAUCGAGAUCCCCAAGGAGAAGAUGGGGCUGGGGCUCUCCAUCGUGGGGGGCAGCGACACCCUGCUGGGGGCCAUUCUGAUCCACGAAGUUUACCCUGACGGGGCCGCGGCCCAAGAUGGCCGCCUGAGGCCCGGGGACCAAAUCCUGGAGGUGUCGGGCCAGAACUUCCGGGCCAUCACCCACCAGCGGGCCCUGAGUGUGCUGCGCCAGACCCCGGCCAAGGUGCAGAUGGUGGUGUACCGUGAGGAGGGGGCGGGAGGGGCCCGUGAGGAGGAGCUGUAUGAGGUGAUCAGCGUGCACCUCACCAAGAAGCAGGGCAAGGGCCUCGGCCUCUCCAUCGUGGGGCGCAAGAACGGCCCUGGCGUCUUCAUCUCAGACCUGGUGGAGGGGGGCGUGGCGGCGGGGGACGGUCGCCUGAUGCAGGGGGACCAGAUCCUCGAGGUGAACGAGACAGACGUGCGGCAGGCGACGCAGGAGCAGGCGGCCGCCGUCCUCAAGUGCGCCCCCAGCAACGUGCACAUCCGCCUGGGCCGCCUGCGCCCCGCCAGACGAGGCCCUAAGGACGCGUCGUGGCCGGUGAUGGUGGAUCAACCCCACACACCAGCAUCCCUCCCCGCCCAACAACUCCCCCUGGUGUCCCCCCAGCAUCCCCCGGGGGUGAAGGAGAUCGUCCUGGAGCGUGGGGAUGACGGGCUGGGGUUCAGUAUCGUGGGGGGGUUCGGGUCCAACUUAGGGGACCUGCCCAUCUACGUGAAGAGUGUGUUCGAGAGGGGGUCGGCGGCCCGGGAGGGGACGCUGCGUCGGGGGGACCAGCUGCUCAUGGUGAACGGGACGAGCCUCAGGGGGACCAGUCACGCCAGCGCCGUCACCAUACUCAAGGAGGCCAAGGGGGCCGUCACCAUGCUCAUCCUGCCUGCUAAAUAGUGAAGACAAAUUCGUAUUAGCGACGAAAAGUUCACAAAUAGUGAUGAAAAAUUCGCGAAAAUUGAAGAAAAAUUUACAGUUGUGACGAAAAGUUCACAAAUAAGAAUGACAAAUUCAUACUAGUGAUGAAAAAUUCGCAAAUACUGAAGAAAAAUUUACAUUUGUGACGAAAAGUUUGCAAAUAGUGAUUAAAAGUUCACAAAUAGUGAUGAAUAACUCAAAAUAGUGAAGAAAAAUUUACAUUUGUGGAAAAAAGUUUGCAAAUAGUGAUGAAAAAUUCACGAAGAGCGAUGAAAAUUCACAAAUAGUGAUGAAUAACUCACUAAUAGUGAAGAAAAUUAAUCAUAUUUAUGAUGAACGCGAUGAUUCUAACAAGAAAAUAAAAAUUAGAAUCCAGCGUUACGGGAACCUAUCAUCCUAUCACUGGGAUGGGGCAAAGGCACCCCCACCGCCCCCGCUCCAUCGGGGAUGUACACCCCCGAUCGUUCAUGGGGGAGAGGGAGGGAGGGGGGAUGGUUCCCCAUGCUGCGGGGCUGAGGGGAAAUUCACUUGUUUUCUAUGCAACGUUGAGACGGGGGCGCGAAAACGCCUACACGUGAGAACAGGAACUGAACGUUUUUUUAUGACGGCCGGAACGUUUGUAUCAAGUGACGGAACGUUUGUGUCGAGGAAUGGAACGUUUGUAUCAUAGGACAGAAAGUUUGCGUCAAGGGACGUAACGUUUGUGUCAAGGGAUGAAACGUUUGUUUCAAUGGACAGAACGUUUGUUUCAAUGGACGGAACGUUUAUUUUUAUGUAUGAAACGUUUGUUUCAAUGGACAGAACGUUCGUUUCAACGGACGGAACGUUUGUUUCAACGGACGGAACGUUUGUUUCAACGGACGGAACGUUUGUUUCAAUGGACGGAACGUUUGUUUCAACGGACGGAACGUUUGUUUCAACGAACGGAACGUUUGUUUUAACGGGCGGAACGUUUGUGUCAACGAACGGAACGUUUGUUUUAAUGAAUGAAACCAAGCCGAUGAUAUGGCGUCGGUGAUGAGCUUAACGCGCGCGGUUGCUAACUUUUUAUACCUAAAUGGUAAUGAGGUUCACAGAACAUGUUGUACUUAAUGAGAUGAUUAUAUUGUUAAUGAGGAUAUUGUCUAGUUAAUGAGAUGAUCUUGUAGUUAAUGAGUGGGUAGUUAAGUGUGCCGCUCAGCAACUUAGGGCAGCUAGACACUAAGUAGCUAUGACUUAUGUAAGUAGGAAUUAAUAUAAGAGUCGAUCUAAGUGGAAUGAGACUUGCUUAAGUAGGGCGAGACUUGAUUUAAGUAGAGCUGGACUGUUUCUUAAUGAGAUGUAAUACUUGACUAAGUAGCACAUCGAUGUUGUUAACAAGAUAAGAUGUUAUAUCUUGCUUAGAGUUUACAAUGGACAGAAUGAAAUUCUAAUUAAUAUUUAAUUUUAAAUAAUUGACAUGCUAUCUAUGUAACCGAACACUCACUCAAUGAAAUAAGAGAGGCUUUGUCCGAAUAUCGAAGCAUAUUUGUCUCUGUAUGGGUCACCCUGACCCAGUUUUGCCCGGCAAUA